AUGGGUUCUGCACAUGUGACAUUUGUUGAACCCGUACAUGGCCUGGGUAGGGCUCUUGCACUUCGCCUAGAGGAAUUAGUUGGUGGUAGUAGUAAGAAACAAAAUUGGAAAGGAUUGGGCAUAGCAUUGUUAGUUAUUACUGUUAUAUGUUCAUUUAUUAUUUUAGCUAUCUAUUUAACUGCUACCCGUCAACCAGAUAAACAUCGAGAUUUAAUACCAUUUACAUUAAAAGAUAUAUUUAAUGUAAAACCUCCUAAACCAUGGAAUGGUACAUGGAUAUCAGAUGUUCAUUAUUCUUAUCCUGAUAUUAAUGGAUCUAUAUGGAUAUACAAUUGUCAAACAAAUGAGAAUUUAUUAUUGUUUAAAUGGGAUAAUGUUCAACAAGAAAAUGUUGGAGAUGGAAUUGUUUCACCGUCUGCUCGAUAUAUUUUAAUUCCAAUUUCAAAAGGAAAAAUUCGACCUUAUUAUACCGAAUAUGAUUAUGAUUUAUAUGAAGGAUCAAAAUUGAUAUCGUCGAUUAAUAAAACACUUUUUGUAUCAGCAAUUCUAUUUUCCAAUACAGAUAAUCUUAUUGUAUUUAUUCAUAAUUUUAAUAUUUUUAUAUAUGAUAUUGACUCAAGUAAGACCCGUCAAAUAACAAAUGAUGGACAUAAAGAAGAUAUCCAUAAUGGAAUUAUUGAAUGGAUUUAUGAGUAUGAUAUAUUUAAUGAUAAUGUAUUAUUAUACUGGUCACCAACAGAUCGAUAUUUAGCAUUUGUAAAACUUAAUUUAACGUCAGUACCAAAAAAUAAUUAUCUCACCUACAAUUCCUUUACCAAUGAUAAAUAUACUAUACCUUAUCCAAAGUCCGGUGAUUCAUUGCCAUUCAUUGAUGUUUAUGUUUAUAAUGUUAAUACUGGCGAAACCAUAAAAGUACCACGUCCUCUCGAAUAUGAUCCAUUAAAAUCAAAUGUUUAUAUAUUCCACGUUGUUUGGUGUGGUGAUACUUGUUUGGCAGUUGUCUAUGCUAAUCGUGCACAAAAUUCAAGUAUUAUUCAAUUAUAUACAGUAGAAGGAAAUAAAGUAGUUUUGAAAAAGUAUUAUAUUGAACAAGCCAGAAAAGGUUGGAUACCAGCGAAUUUUCUACGACCAGUAUUUGACAAACAAGGGACAUAUGCAUUUAUUGUUCGUUUUAAUCAGUUCAAUUUUGAUAAAUAUGGAAAAUCAUAUCCACAAAUAGUACGAAUUCAUUUCGGUCAAUCUAUUCCUCAAAUAGAUCGUACGUCUACAACAAAUAUUCCUGUUGAUCGAAUUAUUCAUGUUGAAGAUAAAGAUACUCUGUAUUUCACUGGAUCUCGAGGAGAUCCAAGAGAACGACAAUUUUACAAAUGGAUGGUGAUGCAAGAAUAUGUUGAACCUGAAUGUCUAUCGUGUUAUGAUGAAAAUUGUUCGUAUUCUGGUGCUCAAUUUAGUAAAAAUAAUGGCAGUUAUUUUAUAUUGGAAUGUUUUGGUCCAGAUAUACCAUAUUCUAGAUUAUAUAAACAUUCUGGAAUAAUUAGUGUCGCUAAAAUUCAAGAUAAUCAACCAUUUCGUCAAUGGCUCGACUCAAAACUUCUUCCUUAUAUUGAUUUUUUCAAUGUAACAUUAGAUGCUAAAAAGAAUAUAAUUGGAUAUGGUAUGAUUAUCUUUCCACCAUGGUAUAAUCCAAAUGCGACAAUCUCAUCUUAUCCAGUCAUUGUAGCUAUGUACGAUGAUUUAAUUCUAUCUCAAUUAUUAUUAUCAUUUUACAAAAUUUUUCUUUCUUUCUUUUCAUUUUAUAGUAGUGAAAAGUUGAACAUUCAGAGAGUAACUAAAAAAUUUCCAUUAUUUUUACAAGAAUAUUAUCAUGUAACGAAAGAAAAUAUAAGUAUUGUAUUAUUUGAUGGACAUGGUAGCUCUGGGCAAGAUGAAGAUUAUUUAAAAAGUGAUCAUGUAGAUUGGUUUCACCGUCAACAUGAUGAUUAUAUUCAAUUAGCACAACAUUUGAAAUAUCGCGAGAAGAGACUUGGCAAUACAUUGAAUGAAACACGUUUUGGUUUAAAAGCUCGAGGAUCUGCAGCUUUGAUAGCGCUAAGACUUUUGGAAGAAAAUAAUAAGGACAAAGAUGAAUAUAUUUGCGCAUUUUUACAAUCACCCGUUAAUAAAUUUUCACAUUAUCAAGUAGUACAUUUUCAACAUUCAGCCAUAUUUGCGAAAACAUUUGUUGGAGCUGGAAAAAAUUUUGAAUUUAAAGUAUAUCCAGAUUCGGAUUAUUAUUUUGAGAAUGAUCGUCCCACAUAUGAAGAUUAUUUUCGAUUUGAAAUUCGAUUUUUUCAAGAAUGUCUUGGUAGUCGUGUUGUUAAAGAACGAAAACCUAUUGUAGUAGAUGACAGUAAUGAAUGA